AUGCGGAUCUUGGAGGAGCAGCUUUGGGAUUCAGCCCUGACCCCGUGCUCCCGCCAGCAGGAGAGCAGAGGCGGAGAUGCCGCGAGGGGGCGCCGCAGAGUGCGGAAGCGGCUAGAGGUGCUGAUGGCGUCUCCGGGCGUCGCCCGCAGCUGUGGUGGUUCCCUGGGCCUCCUGGUCUGGCUCCUGGUCCUUUGGCUCCUGGUCCUUCGACCACAGCUCUGUGAGGGUGACGGACCCAAGGAGGAUUCCGCAAUGAGCACAGCAAUCGCAGAGGCCCCCUCAGGUCCAGGACGCGUGAAAUCCCUGAAGAUUCCGGCCCGCCUGGGGACCAGUGCGGACACGUCCUGGCUGGGGGCGUUGAAGGGUCAGACUCUCCUGACUAUGAGGAUAGUUGGUGGAAGGCCGGCCCCAGUGGGAAAGUGGCCCUGGCAGGUGAGCCUGCAGGUCAAUGAUGAACACGUAUGUGGAGGCACGCUCAUUGCUGCACAGUGGGUGCUGACUGCGGCCCACUGCAUAGUUGGCUAUGAGGAAUAUACAGUGCGACUGUUAUUUUUCCAUUCCCAAUCGGAAAUGGUCAUUCCAGUUCGAGACAUCGUUUGCCAUAGCUAUUACGAUGUUAGAACUUUGAGUCAUGACAUUGCCCUUGCUCUGCUGGCCUUCUCCGUGAAUUAUUCUUCAUACAUCCAGCCAGGAGAUUCUGGGGGUCCCCUGGUCUGUCAAUUUAAUAACUCUUGGGUCCAGGUGGGGAUUGUGAGCUGGGGUGUGCGCUGUGGUUUGAAAGAAGUGCCUGCAGUUUACACAGACAUUAGUUUCUACAAGGAUUGGAUCACUGCAAGAAUGAGUCAGGCAUCUGUUCUGGACUCAGGAGGCUUCUUUAUCCUAUUGCUGUGUUUGGUGCUGCCUCUGGACAUCCUGGCAACUCUGUGA